GAAUUGCUGAGAUUCCUUAUGGAAUGCAAUUUGAAGAACCAGCCAUAAUAGAUUUAGCUGAUCAAAUGGGACGCAUGACACUACAUGCUCAACAUGAAAAACCAAUUAAUAAAGCACAACAAAAAUUGAAUGAACAAUUAAUUGUAGAUGUACAAGAAGAAAUCAAAAGAAUGGGAAGAUUUGUUAAAGAAAAUCUUACACAAUUGGAAAGAGUACUACAAGAAGAAAAGAAAAAUAAUAGCAAAGAAAUUGAAAAAGGCUUAAAACAGUUAAGAUAUAGACUUCAAACUAUUGAAGAUAACUACAAAUAUGUAUCAAACUUACCAGAUGAAGAGUUAGAAAGUCAUCUAGGAACAGUAGAAAAAACUGCAAAAAUAAAUAUCAAUGAUAAAGAAGAAGAUAGAAAGAAAGCCUUAUAUAAUGUAAUACGAGCAUUAACAGAGUCAGGAGAUCAACAAGUAUGGAAAAAUAAAGAUGUGAUUGAACAAAUAGAAGAAGAAUAUCAAUUUAAUAAAUAUACAUUAUUAAAUAUGACAAAAGAAGAGUUCAAUCAAAUGCAACAAUGGGAACAACAGAUAGCAAUGAGAAACUUCUUGAUAGGAUCAGAAUUCUCAAAUGAAAAAGUAAGAAAACAAUUUCAGGACAAAUAUAAAGAACUAUUAGCAUCAUCAUUGGAAAAUCAAGGAAAAAUGCAUGAUGAUGAUGAAGUAGAAAAAAGAUUUGUGGAAGACCAAAAACUAAUAAAAGGAAAACCACAACCUAAACCAUUCCCACCAGAAGGUGCUACUCAUAAUAGGUAUAUACCAAAAGAAAAUAUCUAUAGAGAAAGACCUGUAUCUCCAACUUCUAGUGAAGAAGACUUUAAUCUCAAAAGUAGAAACUUAGGAGAAUGGCUAAAGAGUCAAGCAAAAGAACCACCUAGGCCAAGCUCUCCAAUAAAAGACUUCGUAAAUAAAAAUAUUGUAGAUCCAAUAUUUAAAAGAACACAUGGAAGAAAUAGUAGUACAUCAAGCCUACCAAAAAUACCUUCUAGUUUAAAAAAUGAAAUAAACCUAGAAAAUGAUGAAGAAGAAUUUAAACUUCAGAAACCACCUGUGAGAUAUAAAAGAACAAGAACAGUUGUAUCAACUAAUACAAAUUUAUCAUCUACAAAUGGAGAUAAAUGGAAAAGAGAAAGAGAUAUUAGAAGAAAACUCUUUCAAGAAAGUAGAAAAGAAGAAAUAACAUCUGAAGAUGAAAAAGAAAUGAAUGAAUUAGAUAACAUCAUAGAAGAUGAUGUAAAUGAUUAUUAUGAAAAUAGGUAUAAUAAUCAAGAAGAAACAGGUGAAUCCUCAAAACCAAUAAGAUAUGAAGAUGAGGAUACUAGAAUAUUAGAAAUACCAUGGAAUGGACAAACAGCACAAUAUCCUGUAGCAAGAAAUAGUGAAUUAACAGAUGAAGAAUGGCAAAAAGCCUAUGCCUACACUCCACCAGAAAUGGCAUGGCAAAAUUAUGAAACAGAAACAGACGAAGAAAAUGAUAGUCUGUAUGGACAUUUCAAGGAAAUGCCAAUAGAAAUACGACAUAUAAUCCUACCAACUAUAAUAGAAGGAAAACAGGUAGAUUAUAAGGUAUUCUGUAAUGAAAAUACAGAGAUACCUCAUAUGAAUAUAGGACAUAUCAGGAUAGAAAACCCUGUAGAAAAUGG